CAGUGGGGCUGAUGCGGGAGUUAGCCCUCCUCCUUCGCCGCCUGUUGCAGUCACUCCCACCUGCGAGCCCCGUGGCUCGCACGCGACCACGUGGCCUUCCCGCGCUUUCUGGUCGCACGACCAGUCGCUCUCGUGAUCGCGUGCAGCCAAGAGACCUUCGCGCGCGCGCGCGCGCUGCUGUCGUGCGAAGAAGCUUUUCAAGCUUUUAUCCUUCCCGCGAACGACGAGCUUUCGACCAUGAGGACAAGCUGCGCAAAUCUGUCCAACCGCACCGGCGAAAUUCUAACGACAUAAGCUAUAUCCGUCCUCGUAUACUUAGUGAUCUGUGCGCUGCAACAAGUGCGACGAAAAGCUUAAAGUGACGGAGCCUCGGGGCCGACGAGUGUGUGUGUGUGUGUCGUUUGGAUAAUACAGAGCUGAAUAGUGAGAAAAAAGAAGCAUCGGUGAAGCGAGUCUCGGCGGAGGGCGUCGGGGCCUGUAGCCGGCGCGGCGAGGUAAGCAAGGCUCGCAGCGAGGCCCGGAGCAGGGAGGACAACGGGGCAGAAGGCUCGAGGCCCUUUUCCGAGGCUGUCGAUGAUGCCGCCAUAUCCGCCGCUACCUGGAUGUACAGGCUUUUCGACGAGGGCGGUAUCUCGCUGGACGGCUGCAACAGCAGCGCCGUCGACCAGUUCUCGGACUGCUUCGAGGAGGCGUCCAAGACGGUGGUCGCCGAGCCUCAGCAUCGCCCACAGCGUCAUCAUCAUCAGAGCCACGGCACGACGGACCUAAUAUAAGCGGUCUACGGCAGCAACAUGGUCGUCCAGGAGAGUCAGGCUCACAGCUACAGCGAAAUGUUGCAGCAGCAACGUCAGCAUCAGGAGAACCAGAAAUUCAUCUCCAUCGAGGAGCUCAGGCCCAGGGCCGAUUACUCCGCUGUGGCGACCUCCUCUUCUGGGGGACACAAUGUCUACCAUCAACAGCAGCAGAGCCAUUACCAGACGUACUAUAACUUGACGCCUGUGCAAGAAAGUCCGUGCUCCACAGUGUACUUCGGCGAGCUAGAGCCGAGCAGCGCGGGCAACGCUGGUCUCUCGGCCGGUGGGGCCGGCGCUCGCUCGGACGGCACGACGACCACGAGCCUCUCGAUCACCAGCAUCGUCAACACCAACAGCAGCAGCAACUACAACAACAACAACAACAACAACAACAACAACAGCAGCAGCGGCAGCAAUAUCGGGAGCGCGGAAGCCAGCGGUGUGCCAGCUCCGAGUGCUGGCCUCGUAGUGGCGAGCGAGGCACGAUCGAGCACCGAGAGUAGCAGCAGCAGCAACCCCUCGGCAGCCGAGAGCCGUAGCCAGUGUCAGCGCAUGGAGAGCAGCGGGCUGCCACUUGCUGCCAGCACUGUCAUGGUUCCCGAGCAGCAGCAGAGAAGCGCCGGAGGUUCCAGGCGACACUACCAUAAUCACCACCACCAUCACCAUCAUCACAGCAGGAACUCGGCGGUGUCGGAGAAGACGCCGCUGCCCGGAGGUAGCGAUAGGAGCUGCAGCGUCGAGGAGAUGCAGCAGCGCUUGAAGAAGAGGAAGCUCUUCUGCCAUGAUGGCAGCGAAAUCACGGACGACCAGGGAGAUGACGCCAAGUCCGUCCGGUCGAACGACGACAGCAAAAAGCAAAAUCACAGCGAGAUCGAGAAGCGUCGAAGGGACAAGAUGAACACCUACAUAACGGAGCUGUCGUCCAUGGUGCCGAUGUGCCACGCGAUGUCCCGCAAGCUCGACAAGCUCACGGUCCUGAGGAUGGCAGUUCAGCAUCUCAAGACGAUACUCGGAGCUGUCACGUCAUACACAGAGGGACACUGCAAACCGGCCUUUCUCAGCGAUCAAGAGCUCAAGAGUCUCAUUCUCCAGGCAGCCGAGGGUUUCGUCUUCGUCGUCGGCUGCGACAGGGGCAGGUUACUGUACGUCUCCAAGUCGGUGUCGCAGACGCUGAAUUAUUCUCAGGGCGAUUUACUGGGCCAGAGUUGGUUCGACAUCCUCCAUCCCAAGGACGUGGCCAAGGUCAAGGAGCAGCUCUCGUCCUCGGAUCUCAGUCCUCGCGAGAGGCUCAUCGAUGCCAAGACGAUGCUUCCGGUAAAGACGGACAUGCCUCAGGGUGUAUCGAGGCUCUGCCCUGGCGCGAGACGUUCCUUCUUCUGCAGAAUGAAGCGAAAAGUGGACGCGCGCUGCGCCGAGUCGCAGAUCAAGGAAAGAGCCGACACGACCACCGGCUAUCAUAUGCAGAAAAAGCAGCAGAAUCACGAUUGGAAGUACUGCGUGAUCCAGUGCACGGGGUACCUCAAGUCCUGGGCACCGGCGAAAAUUGGCCUGGAGGAGCAGGAAUCCGAGGCCGACGGCGAGGCCUGCAACCUGUCCUGUCUGGUGGCGGUGGGUCGAAUGCAGCCUCCACUCGUCGCACCGACAUCGACGCCCCGUAGACUAAGACUCAGGAACAUCGAGUUCGUCUCGAGACACGCCAUUGACGGCAAGUUCCUCUUCGUUGACCAGAGAGCGACGAUGGUGUUGGGCUUUUUGCCCCAAGAGUUACAGGGGACCAGUAUGUACGAGUAUUACCACCACGACGACAUACCUCAUCUUGCGAAAUCGCACAAAGCGGCACUUCAGUCGCCCGAACGCGUCAACACUCAGGUGUACAGGUUCCGCAGCAAGGGAGCGAGUUUCGUCAGGCUCAACUCCGAGUGGAGGUCCUUCAGGAACCCCUGGACCAAGGAGAUCGAGUACCUCAUAGCCAAGAAUUCUGCUGUCUUCUCGGAUACACGGCAAGUGGAGAGCAGCGCGAAUCGUUCGGAGGGCGGCAGUGUUCAAGAAAACUACGACUACUUCGCGCAAAAUUUGUGUUACGCAGGUAACGGUGGUCUCGAGAGACUGAUAUCCAGUCACGUCGAGGUAAGUAAGAUCGGCCGUCAAAUAGCGGAGGAGGUUCUGGACCUGCAGAGGCGCAGCGAUCAGGACUCGUCGUCGGGCAGUAGUCCGACGCUCAGACCAGAACCUGCUUUGCUCAACGCCGAGUCCCAAAUAACCCCGACGGUUUCACCGGAUCGAGCCACUGAUGUACGACAGGCUACCGGUAGCGACAACAUUAGUAGCAACCCUACUCCCUCGUACAACCACAGGAACAAUAUACAACUCGACAUCAUCGCCAGUGAUCAGGGUCCACCGGGCGAUGAAGACAUGAUGGAGAUAAUCGGAGGUACGACGAUAAACGAGUCGCCAAACCCUGUCCCUACUGACGGCAACGACGAGGCUGCCAUGGCCGUGAUCAUGAGUCUUCUUGAAGCUGAUGCUGGUCUUGGUGGACCCGUUGACUUUUCCGGAUUACCAUGGCCUCUACCUUAGUUUUUCUAUGCGAUGAUAUUUUUUUAGAGAUGAUGCCAAACAUUGUUAUUGAUGAAUUGAAUGCGUUUUUUUUUAAUACACUGACUAAACUAUACUCGUCAUUAGUCGACAAUAUAUUACCGAAAAUACUUUCGGGUUGCCCUUCGUAGCGGAUGAAAAACUUGGAUAUACUUAGUUUUUUUGCUAUGUUACUCGUGACUUGAAUAUAAGUGAGUAUCUGAAUUUUUUCUAGAGACAAUAAGUCAAAUUAUGGCUUACUAAAUAGACUUACAGGAAGACAGCCGCAUAAUAAGAACUUUACGAAGAAAUACACAUCGAAAUUCACGCGACUCGUUCGAGCGACAUGUACACUCGAAGAUCUCUGUUGUAGUUAAUGAGAAUUAAAAAAAAAAGCGAUCUCUCGCGAGUGGGGAUUCGCAUAAACAAUGAACUUAGACAAUUUUUAGAUGUGUAACCUUCAUUAUCCCUAUAACUGUGUAGUAGGGAUGGCAAGAGCCUUCGAUGUAAUCUGUAAAUAAGGAAUACAUGUAAGUAAUUAUAAUAGAUGAUAAAGAGGUUACGAUUAGACGUGCAAAAGCUGUAAGUGUACCUAAUUAAAGCGUAGGAUUACAAGAAGAAAGUUAUUGUACAACCCAGAGCCUAGACUUUGUAUUCUGCUACCCGAGCUUCGAAAACUGAAAAGAAAAAAAUCAUUUGUGAAACAAGUUUCCGUGUUGCGCUUGAAACUCUUGCGAAUCUCUUUAAGAGCGUUUUUUAUGCGGAAAAAUGAUAACGUAUGGGUAUAAAUAUAUAUUCUUACAUUGCGAAAUGUGCAAUUUUAUGUUUUCUAUAACGAAGUUUGUUUAUUAUGCAUUAUGUAUAUAGCUAUAUACUUGAAAAAAUUAUAUGUGUGUGUGUGUGUGUGUAUAGAUAGGUAUAUAUAAUUCGUAAUUUUAUAUUCUAUGCUGUGGAAUAGUGUAUAGUUGUAUAUAUAAGUGGAUUAAUAGAUAAAUGUGUUUACGUGCUAACGCAUCGGGCGCGAUGUUAUUUUAGACGCGAUUGACUGUCAUAUAUGUAAGGAGUAAUUAUCGACACGCCAUAAUAACAACUUAAAUGGUGCAUAAUACGAUUGUGCGUAAAGACAAAUCUGUAUAUUGUGCGUUUCUUCUUCGAGUACCUACACAUAUAAAUAAACAAUGAUACAUGAAAUUGCAUAUAUUUGUACGUAUAUGAAAAUGUAUAUAUAAUCAUCGUAUGAAUCAUUAAUUUAUUGCGUUACCAAAAUGUACAAGAUGCCAUAAAUGUCGAAAUGGUCUUGCCUGAGACAUUUUAUAAGUUAGCUUCUAAGAAUGGAGGAAAAAAUAGUUAUUUAUAAUAGCUAAGUGAAUUUUUUUCGUUCGAUGAUUUGUCUACUGAAAAAUUAAGUUUCGUAUCGAUUUCUAUGAGAACAGUGGCGGAAUUAAGAGACGUUUAAGUUCCUUUUAUAAAUGUUUCCAUGGUGUAGCCUAGUGCGAUAAAUGAAUAGACGUGCAAUGUUUAUUUUGUGUCUUGGUGUAUUAUAAGUGUGUGAAGUGAUUACUUGUAAGUAGUUGUGUAAGAAUUUCUCGGGUCAUAUCGCUAGAGACGAGACAUAAAUUUGCUCUACACUAAAUGCAAAACAAUGAAAAAAGAUAGAUUACAGUCAAAUACAUUUUUAAUGUCCUAAAAUCUUUUGAGUAAAAUUUGUAUUGGAAAAAUCAUUGUUAAAAUACUCUCAUUCGUAUAAAUUCUUUAUAAUCCAACAUGAAAUUAUAUGCUUACAAUUUCAGCAUAUAACAUUAUACACUAUAAACAUUCUUUACGUAGUAAGAAAAAAAUAUAUUUAGUACAUGUACAUUGGUUUUACAUCGUCGUCACGGAAUCUGUACAAAUAUGAUAUUGCACGAAUGUUCGGAAAUUGUAAAUCAAAAAUAUGUAUAAUGUAUUUUGAUUACAAAUCCCCUUUCAUGCAACCUCACAGGUGUAGAGAAGUUUGUGUUAUUGAACACAUUAUUAAAUUGAUUUUUUACCGUUAAAAUCUCUAAAACGCCGAUUAACUAAAGAGCUCGGAACAGUAAGUAAAAAAUACUGUCGGCCACUAAGAAUAGAUUUUAGUCUGUAUGUACAUAAGAGAUAUAGCGUUGAGAAAGAGAAAGUUUGUUUCAUCUCUAUAUUGAAAAAAAGAUAAUAAAAUAAAUCAUUUUUAUCAUUUA